AUGAACACGAGCGGCCCGAGCUACCCGCUGGCUUCGCUCUACGUGGGCGACCUGCACGCCGACGUGACCGAGGCCAUGCUCUACGAGAAGUUCUUGCCGGCUGGGCCCAUCCUGUCCAUCCGCGUGUGCCGGGACGUGGUCACCCGCCGCUCGCUGGGCUACGCUUACAUCAACUUCCAGCAGCCGGCCGACGCGGAGCGGGCACUGGACACAAUGAACUUUGAUGUGAUCAAAGGCCAGCCGAUCCGCAUCAUGUGGUCCCAGCGAGACCCAGGACUCCGCAGGUCGGGUGUGGGCAACAUCUUCAUCAAGAACCUGGAGGACUCCAUUGACAACAAGGCCUUAUACGAUACCUUCUCCACCUUCGGGAACAUCCUCUCUUGCAAGGUGGUAUGUGACGAGUGCGGCUCCCGGGGCUUUGGGUUUGUCCAUUUUGAAACCCACGAGGCAGCGCAGCAGGCCAUCAGCACCAUGAACGGGAUGCUGCUGAAUGACCGCAAAGUCUUCGUUGGCCACUUCAAGUCUCGACGGGAGCGGGAGGUGGAGCUGAGGACUCGGGCCCUGGAGUUCACCAACAUCUAUGUGAAGAACCUCCAGGUGGACGUGGACGAGCAGGGCCUGCAGGACCUCUUUUCCCAGUUUGGGAAGCUGCUGAGUGUGAAGGUGAUGAGGGACGACAGCGGCCACUCCCGGGGCUUUGGCUUUGUCAACUUUGAGAAGCAUGAGGAAGCCCAGAAGGCUGUGAUGGACAUGAACGGGAAAGAGGUGAGUGGGCGGCAGCUCUACGUGGGCCGGGCCCAGAAGCGGGUGGAGCGGCACAGUGAACUGAAGCGCAAGUUUGAGCAGAUGAAGCAGGAACGGCUGAACCGGUACCAGGGCGUGAACCUGUAUGUGAAGAACCUGGAUGAUUCCAUUGAUGACGAGAAACUGAGGAAAGAGUUCUCGCCCUACGGAGUGAUUACCAGUGCAAAGGUGAUGACAGAGGGUGGCCACAGCAAGGGGUUUGGCUUUGUGUGUUUUUCCUCUCCAGAAGAGGCGACAAAGGCCGUGACAGAGAUGAAUGGGCGCAUCAUCGGCACCAAGCCACUGUAUGUGGCGCUGGCCCAGCGCAAAGAAGAGCGGAGGGCUAUCUUGUCCAACCAGUACAUGCAGCGCCUCUCCACCAUGCGGGCCCUUAGCAGCCCCCUCCUGGGCUCCUUCCAGCAGCCCACCAGCUACUUCCUGCCCGCUGUGCCCCAGCCUCCAGCCCGGGCUGCGUACUAUGGCUCUGGCCCUGUGGCCCCCAUCCGGCCUGCCCCAAGGUGGACAGCCCAGCCACCUAGACCGUCGUCUGCCUCAAUGGUUCGGCCCCCAGCCACACCUCGGCGCCCCAUGGCUCACCUCAGUGGUAUCGGGCAGACCUCCACCCAGGUGCCGCACUCGGUGCUCCACACCCAAAGAGUGGCCAACAUUGGUACCCAGACCACAGGGCCUGGCGGGACCGAAAGCUCUACGUCAGGCCGGUCCCUCCUGCCGUACAAAUACUCCUCAGCCGCACACAACGUUCCCCGGGUCUUGGAGCAACCUGUGCACAGACAAGAGCCCCUGACCGCGUCCAUGCUGGCUGCAGCCCUGCCGCACGAACAGAAGCAGAUGAUUGGUGAGCGGCUCUACCCCCUUAUCUAUGGCAUCCAUGCCCAGCUGGCCGGCAAGAUCACAGGCAUGCUGCUCGAGAUUGACAACUCGGAGCUGCUGCUCAUGCUGGAGUCUCCAGAGUCCCUCCAUGCCAAGAUAGAAGAGGCCGUGGCCGUGCUGCAGGCACACCAGGCCCUGGAGCAGCCCAGAGUGCACCUGCCCUGA